GUUUUUCAUGUAAAGAAGUGGAAAUGUUUCAGACUUUCUGUGUGUGAGUGUGUGAGAUACAUUUCCAUACGACAGUGAGACCAUGUACCUGGGUAUGCCGGAGGCGGGCCUAGACUUCAUGCCAGCCAAUCAGUUCCGUGUGCCGCCCAGCCCCCACCAAACCCAGCAGAGCGCCAAGCAGACAGGCCCCGCCUCCUGGAGAAGAGACGGCCCCCCUUCUCACCAUGACGGCCACAGGCUGCACUGGUCCUACCCUGGCUUGGGAGAUGAGGACUUCAACAUCCCCCCCAUCACUCCCCCCACUAUCCCCGAACACAUGCUGCACCCCCACCUACCAGAGUCUGAGUCUGGGACAUACCACCCGCUGGCCUCCCCCGUCUCCCAGAGCGGCAUGCACCCCUUCCACUUGCAGGGAAUGGACCUGCCCGGAGUCACCGGCUCCAGCAUGAUGAGCCAAGAUGGCGGCCUGCUGAGCCAAGAUGGCGGCAUGAUGUCCAGCACCCUGUCUGUGAUGCAGCAGAUGGUAAACUCCAGGUACACCAGCAGCCAGCAGUCAAUGGAGGCCCUGAGACCCAGGAACCAAUCAGUUAUGGGGCAGCAGAGUCAGCUGACCACCAUAAACCAAUCACAGCUGGGACUGAGCGGGAACGCCCACAAUUCCCCCUCUCCUCCAGGAAGCAAGUCGGCCACACCCUCUCCCUCCAGCUCUGUGCACGAGGAUGAUAACGACGAGUCAGUAAAGCAGGCUGAGAAGAGACCAGCGGUGGAGGCCCCCAAGCCCAAACCCAAAACCCCCAAAAAGAAGAAGAAGAAGGAUCCCAACGAGCCCCAGAAGCCUGUGUCGGCGUACGCCCUGUUCUUCAGAGACACACAGGCGGCCAUUAAGGGCCAGAACCCCAACGCCACCUUCGGGGAGGUGUCCAAGAUCGUGGCGUCCAUGUGGGAUGGGCUGGGAGAGGAACAGAAACAGGAAUACAAGAAGAAAACAGAGACAGCCAAAAAGGAAUACCUGAAGCAGCUGGCAGCUUACAGAGCCAGCCUGGUCUCCCAGCAGAGUUACAGCGAGCCAGGGGAGGUGAAGAUGUCCCAGUCCCCCUCCAUGGUGGGGUCGAAACCCCCCGUCUACCACGGGGCAGGACAGCCUGCGCCGCACCAGCACCCCCACCCCCACUCCCACCCAGGCCUCUACAUGAGCCACCCCUACCACCACCCCUCCCACCCCCAGCACCACCCCCAUCCCCAGCACCACCAGGCCGGCCUCAGCCCCCACCUUGGCCUCUCCAGGGGGGUGGCUCCCCGGCCCAGUGGACCCCACUCAGGAGGGCUUUCUCUGGGCAACAUGUCUGCCGCCUCACCCCCUCCACUCCAGAUUAGCCCUCCCCUCCACAGUCACGCUCACCUAGGUCUGCACCAUCAGCAGCAGCUCAGUGGACACAGCCUCUCCCUGCACUCUCCUUCUAUGGGACAGGGGUUCCCUCUGCAGACAGAGUUCCAGAACAUGAUCAACAUGUCAUCCUCUGGAGGUCAGGGCAUGUCCCCUUCCAUGGAGUACGGCCGCAGCGGCCCGGGACAGCAGCUGGACUGGAACGAGUUCUCCGGUAACGGAACUCACCAGAGAGACAAACCGCUAUUCCUGACCUGAUUGGAACUGGAGUCCGGCUCCAGUGACCACAACCACACCUCCUGAGAGGCUCCGGCGUGAACCAGACCACAGCUCGACCUCAACCCCAAACUUGAACACAACCUCAACUGGUCAAAUCGUUGUCUACUCUUUGUGUUAACUGGACCAAGGAGCUGACCACCAACACACACACACACCACCCUGCUACUACAACUAGGGUCUAGUCAGCACAGCUAGUUUGCCAUCUUCGUGCAGAUAGUUCCAAGACAACCACAAAUAUUUAUCACGUUCCCCAGAAUCACUUUACAAAUGUGAUGUCACAAAGCCAACAUGCUGAAGGUUCCGUUGGAGUUUUAUGAUGAUUAUGAGCAGAAUUAGCCAGCCUCACCACACAGGGUGGUUGACAACACAAGCUAACACAUAAUGGUCAAAUCCCAUAUGUUAAUUUAGCACUUAAGGGGCCCCUGUUUAUAUCCCAUACUGAGCUAAAAGGUGAACCAAAAUCACAGAUAAUCUUUUUCAAUUGAACAUAUGGACUCUCUCGUAUCCUAUCUCUCUCUCCCUCUCUCCCUCUCUGCUACUCAACUGCCUUACAGAUUGUACAGUACACCACCCUUCUUUUAUAAACUGAUGCUCAUCCUGUAAAUAUAUCAGUUUGUGUGGCUUCUAUCCCCCAAGAGUUUGAAUUUCGAAAAGAUAAGCUUUGUCUUAAAUGCAGUUUAAGAUUAAUUGGAUCACAAGAGGGAAUUUAACCAGAUUUAAGAAGGGACAUUGAUGAACAUGGCUAUUGAAGUUAUUCAGGUUUUCAUUUGGCAUGAUUUUGUCAAUACUAUGAAAUUAAUCUGUAAAAUAAACUUGAGAAAUCAAUUGAUGUUCAACUCGAAACUGUGCGCAACCUUGAAAUAGGUGCUACGAAAUGUUUGAAGUUUUGUGAAAAAUAGACAAAACAAACAACAGUUUUUAUUUUGUACAAAACAAAAAAAUACACUUUUGUUCGACAGUUGGCAUAGUGCUAAUCCAGUGCUAGUCCAAACUCUUUGUGUGAGGGUGUAGAAAGCGACGUUUAUGUCGUUAAUGAGGAGCGGGGACAGAUUGGCGGCUACUCGCGCCAUAACCCCGACAUCUGGCUCGCUCACGCGUGGCUCAGAUCGCUGCAUCCUUGCGGAGCUUGUUUGUGGUGCGCGGCUGUGCGCGUGCCUAUUUAUAAAACAAUGAGAACUUGUAGGUGUUUUUUUUUUUUUAAGUUGAUAUGUUUAGAUAAUGAUAAUGAUGGAUGUCACUUUCUCUCUCUGUUCAAUUUAUUAUUUGGCAGAAACGACUCCAGGCAAAAAUGUGAAGAAUUCUUAUCUUAUUUUUAGUUUCUAUUCUGUUUUAUUCUAAUGUGUUCUAAUGAAAAUAAAGUAAACCUGCAUUUAUGUGCAGUAAUCACUC